AUGUGGUCGGUUGUCGGAGAUGUCGCCGGAGGUGGCCGGAUAGACAAGAUUUGUGUGUCGGUGAUCUCCUCCUUUAAAUGCCUUUUUCCGACGAUAUGGGCGACGAUGGGUGGUGUGAAGGGUCAAAAAAUGACGAUUGUGGUUGGGCGCUUCCGUUCGGUGAGUCGAUGGCUCCGGUUGGUGACCGGACGGAGGAACUCCGCUAUACCAAUAUUCAAAAACACUCCACCUUACUACUCCCAACUGCAUGGUCUGCUACAGCCUCAAAAAAAUACUGUCAUAGGUCAUGAGUACUGCACAAAGGUUCCACGAAAUGUGAAUAUGGAGUCUCUACGUAGUGGAUAUUUGUUUCCUGAGAUAUCAAAGCGUGAGCUUGAACACACCAGGAAGCAUCCACAUGCAAAGUUGAUAAGACUUGGUGUUGGUGACACUACACAACCUAUACCUGACAUCAUAACAUCAGCCAUGGCAAAGCAAGUAUAUGCUCUGUCAACAGUUCAAGGUUAUAGAGGUUAUGGAGCUGAGCAAGGCAAUUUGGAAUUAAGAAUGGCAAUUGCAGAAAGAUUUUACAAAGGCAUGGGUGUAAAGGGUGAUGAAGUUUUUGUAUCAGAUGGUGCACAAUGCGAUAUAUCUCGCCUUCAAAUGCUCCUAGGAUCCAAUGUAACAGUGGCAGUACAGGACCCUUCGUUCCCGGCAUAUGUAGAUAGCAGUGUCAUUGUUGGUCAAUCUGGCAAGUUAAAUGAAGAGACUGGCAAGUAUAGCAAGAUUGUGUACAUGAAUUGUGAGCCAGAGAACAAUUUCUUUCCAGACUUGUCAAGAACUCCAAGGACAGAUAUCAUCUUCUUCUGCUCUCCAAACAAUCCAACUGGUAGCGCCGCGUCGCGGCAGCAACUUAAGCAGCUUGUUGAUUUUGCAAAGGCUAAUGGAUCUAUAAUCAUCUAUGACUCUGCCUAUUCUGCUUAUAUAUCAGAUAAUAGUCCGAGAUCAAUCUUCGAAAUUCCGGGAGCCAAUGAGGUUGCAAUUGAAGUAUCAUCCUUCUCCAAAUUUGCCGGAUUCACCGGUGUUCGGCUUGGCUGGACCGUAGUCCCUGAAGAACUGAGGUACUCUAACGGACAUCCCGUUAUGAAAGAUUUUGAUCGCAUUGUUUGUACCUGCUUCAAUGGUGCAUCAAACAUUGCUCAGGCUGGAGGACUAGCAUGCCUUUCUCCAGAUGGUUUUCAGGCCGUGAGUUGUGUAGUAAAUCACUACAAGGAGAAUGCAAAGAUACUUGCAGAAACAUUUGAUUCAAUUGGGCUGAAGGUUUAUGGUGGCAAGAACUCCCCUUAUGUAUGGGUGCAUUUUCCAGGGUCAAGUUCUUUGAAUGUGUUUAAUGAGAUUCUUGAGAGAACACAUAUAGUGACUAUUCCAGGCAAAGGGUUUGGUCCAGCUGGAGAAGAGUACAUUAGACUCAGUGCUUUUGGCCACAGAGAGUGUAUACUAGAAGCUGCAAGCAGACUGCAAAAUUUUUAUAAAUGA